AUGGACCUAUGGACCUAUGGGGUGUGCGAUUGGAGCGACGGAGAGGAGGAGGACCUGCAGGACACGGAGCGGCUGCUGCGGCAGCACUCGGGGUGCGCCGGCCCGUGGCGGCUCUUCCUGUCGCCGGUGGAGGGCCGCGGCCUGGCUGCGCAGCGGGCGCAGUCUGCGGGCGACCUGCUGCUGAGGGACCCGCCGCUCGUGCUGGCGCCACUGCGCGCCGGACGGGCACCGCGGGGAGUGCCGACUGCUGCGGGGGUGGGGCGUGCGCGACUGCGGUGGAGCGUGUGCGCGUGCGCAGCAGCAGGCCGUGCUGUCGCGGGCCUCGGCAGCCCUGCGCUGCCUCGCCCUGCCGGAGGAGGCGCGCCGGCUGGUGGCGAGGCUCUACGCCCACCCGCACCCGCGCCACGGCUGGGAGGUGACGGAUUUGGCAACAGAGCUGCGCAGCGCGCCAACGCCGAGCCAGCUGCGCUUCAUGCGGCGCGCGUGCGCAGUGAUGGACGCGAACGCGUUCGAGGUGAGCGCGGGCGUGCGCGGCCUGUUCCCGCUGUCGGCCAUGAUGAACAACGAGUGCUCGCCCAACACGACGCACGGCUUCGACGAGAGCCACGCCAUGGUGGUGCGCGCCGCUGUCGACAUCCCGGAGGGCCGCGAGCUGACCAACUCGUACACGCCGCUGCUGUGGGGCACGCCGGCGCGACAGCGGCACCUGCAGCUCACCAAGCACUUCCUCUGUCGCUGCGAGCGCUGCACGGACCCCCAGAGCUAUCGGGUGACCAGCUGAGUUGGAAGGAGGCGGCGUGCGGUGAACUGCUGGCGCUGUUACGGCAGCUUCGCGCUGGUCGCACCAGGCUAACAGGUCUGCUGCUGCUGGAGCUGAGCUGCACCCUGGAAGAGAAGCUGAGGAGACAACAGGGGGAGGCUGAUGCCGCAUUACAAGCCCAGAUGGAGAGCUACCUGCGGGACGCGGCGUCUGUUUUCGCCGGUGACGUCACAGCGCCGCCCGAGCUGUGGCGCUGCGUAGCGGCCGUCGGCAGGAAGCUGAAUGCCAAUGAGUGGAGCAGCUGCCCGCUAGAGGCGCCACCAGACGGACAGGCAGCCGUGAUGUCCAACUGCUGCACCUAGCCACAGCACCGGUGUUGCUCACGAAAGCAGCUGCGACAAGCUACUGCGUAUUAACUGAUCGAAAAAAAAAAAAAUCUUGCAUAGCUCUAACUGUUUAGGAGCUGAUGUUUCAGAAACACGGCGGACUGCAGACCCCUGUCUGCACUGUGGCGUAAGGCUGUAAGGAAUAAGGACCACACUUCUUUCACUAGAAAUUCUUAAAGGGGACCAAGAUAAUUCUAUAUAUACGGAUGAUCUAAUCAUCAGCAUGGAACCGCAACCUCAUACAUGGGGGCAGAAUGAAUUACAUUGAAUUCAAUCAAUAGCUAAGAACACAUUAGUGUUUUUUUUAAUACUGUCAAGGAUAUUUAUUGACUCACCAAUUCUUAGAAGACAUUAAAAGAAUUUUUUAAGC